GUCAUCCUGCAGAGCUAAUUAACUUCAACAACGACAGAAUAUCCCACCUGGCAAUUUGACCUGCCACCGCAUCGAGCUUCCAAUACAAGCUCUUUCUUUCGAAUGGAGGCCCGUGUCAAUAAGGCAAGCAAAGAUAGAUUGGAUAGAAGAUACGACCGACUCAGCCCUUCGUUCUUCGAAGUUUGGUGUUUUGUGAAGCUAAAGAAGAGUGGGUGGAAUAAUCUGCCAGCCAUCAGAUUCUAUAGAGAUCCUUUGCCUACGGAAAGCUUUCAUCCAGUCAUUUUUCCGUCUUGAGUUGACCGAUUGGACUAGAUCCAUUCCACUGCACGCCACUCCACGAUGAAGCUUUCAAUUGCAUGUUCCCUUCUGCUCUCCUGGCAUGGUGGCUCUGGCUUUCAACCAGUUUCGCUGCGCCAUGUGGCGUCUUCAAGAUCAUCCAAUCGAAAGGCUACCACCGUCGAGGAAGAAUAUCAAGUUAUUGACGUGGAAUUUGAACCAGUGGUCACGGAAUCGGCCCGUUUGACCAAGGCCAAGAAACUACUGGCACAAUUCACUGUUGAACGAGAAGACAACAACAAUGGCCGAAGACUGCUGUUACCCUCUUCAAGUGGUAGCAACUUUACGACUUCUGCUGUCAAUGGGGUAGCAGCAUCCAGGACGCCAAUCAGCAACGGAGACAACAGCGAUGUUACUAAUAAUAAUGUGGUUCCCGAUCAGUUCUGGUCCAAUGGACAUUUGCAAGGAGGCGACUAUGUCACAAGAUGGGCGCGGGGGCAGAAAAUUGCCGAACCCUUGGUCCGAUACGAUCCCGUCGUGGCCGAAAAGGUCCUCUUUAAACAACCUGCCAAGUGGAUUGUCAGGAAUGCACAGAUUGCCUUUCCCAUGGGAUUCUGGGCUGUGGGGGUCGUCUCUGAUUAUCUCAUGGGGAGAGAUAAUCGCCGUAAAAGGGCCCAACAACUCUUGAAUGCCAUUACCUACUUGGGACCGGCAAUCAUCAAAGGAGGUCAAGCCUUGAGUUCUCGCCCUGAUUUGCUUCCCUCAGAAUACCUCGAGGAACUCCAAAAGCUUCAGGACGAUGUUCCUCGCUUUUCCAAUGAACUGGCUUUCCAGACGGUGGAAGAAGAAUUGGGCGUUGCUUUCGACGACGUCUUUGAACUGGUAGAGGAAGAACCAGUAGCUGCCGCCUCCAUUGGUCAAGUCUACAAAGCGAGGCUUCUAUCCAAUGGAGACACGGUAGCUUUAAAGAUUCAAAGACCGAAAUGUGAAGAAAUUAUUGCCUUGGACCUCUACAUCUUGAGGUGGUGGAGUGGUGUCUACAACCAAAUCUUUAGGCUGCUCAACCGAGACAUCGAUCUUCAGUCUGUGAUUGAUGACUUUGGAACCCUCAUCUAUCGAGAAAUCGAUUACGUGGCCGAAGCAGCCAAUGCCCAGCGCUUCAAUGAACUCUAUGCUGGAGUUACGGACGUUUUCGUACCAAAGAUCUACUCUGAGCUCACAACUAGCAAAGUGCUGACAAUGGAAUGGGUAGAUGGUUUCCGUCUCACGGAUGAAGAAACCUUGUCACGGUAUGGCCUCGACCCGUCCAAGCUUGUCAACACGUUGGUUCAAUGCAGUCUCAAACAGGUGCUGGAGAAUGGAUACUUUCACGCAGACCCACAUGCAGGCAAUCUACUGGCUUGCCCCGACGGCCGUCUGUGCUACCUCGACUUUGGAAUGAUGAGUUUUGCAGAUACGCAACAAAGGAACGGUUUCCUGCUGGCUGUGGUGCACAUUGUAAACCGUGAUUGGGGUGAGCUGGUUCGCUUGUAUCAGAAACUGGGAUUCAUCCCCGAGGGUACAGACUUGAAACCUAUUGAAGUGGCUCUUGAGAACGCACUGCCUGAUGUACUCAACGCUGAUAUCAGCGAGCUGAACUUCAAGAAUGUCGUCAAUAAACUCGGAGACAUCAUGUACACAUAUCCCUUCUCUCUCCCGCCUUUUUACAUUGCAAUCAUUCGAUGCCUCGGUGUCUUGGAAGGUUUGGCAAUACAGGUUGAUCCGCAGGCCAGAAUUGUCAGCAAAGCCUAUCCGUACGUAGCUAGCCGUGUUUUGACCGAUCCUCAAGACGACUUGCAAGAAGCGCUUCGGAGACUUGCACUUACCAGCGACGGCAAAGUCCGCUGGAAUCGGUUGGAGAGUCUUCUGCAGGAAGCAAAAGAAACUUCGGAUUACGAUGUUGCUGCAGCUGUGGAUAUGCUGACGAGUUUCCUUAUUUCCACCGAAGGAGAGGGUGUCGUUGAAGAACUGACAAAGGAGAUUGUUGAGGCUGCCGACAGUCUAGGAUCCGAGACCUAUCGCUAUGUCUUCGAUGCCGCACGAGCUUUGGUCAUCAACGACGAAGUGGCGGCUGUGAAAGCUUUCAGGUCGCUGCAAGAUAUUGUGCAGCAGCAACAGACCGAUGGCUUUGAUGGAGUGAGACAGCGUGUUGAGGAGAAUCUGCGCGAGGUUUUGCCUGAGGCAACACCGUCGAUGCAAAGAUUUGGAAGAAUACUGGCCUUGCUGGGAGCACAAGGUGGACAAGCAGACCCAGCGAAGUUUGUGCCCAUCUUGCGAAAGCUGGGUCAGGAACCUCGCAUUCAAAGGACUUUGAACGAAAUUGUUGCCAAGCUAGGUGAACGGAUGCUGAGCAGAGGGUUGAGAGCAGCCUUUGGAUUGCCCCCACCGAUAUUUGGAGCCGGAACGCAAGCAUCGACUGUUACAGAAGAUACAAUAAAAUAGAUAGAAGAAGCGUUCCAACAAUAACGUUCUAGUCUAGCCUCGUCCCUUUUUUGAACCUUUCUUGGCCUUCUUUCCCUUCUUACUCUUGUACAAUUUCUCAUCCUGCUCUAUCUCCUUCUCAACAUCAUCUUGACGGAGUGAGACAGCGUUUUGAGGAGAAUCUGCACGAGGUUUUAUCGGAGGCGACACGGUCAAUGCAAAGAUUUGGAAGAAUACU